CCAGUUUAUUUAAUUAUAUUUAAUAAUAAAUUAUGAACUAUUAGAUAAUUUUAAAUGAAAUAAAUAAUGAAUAAAUUAAUAAAAAUUGGAUUUUUUGGUGGUGGAAAAAUGGCACAAGCUUUGGCAAAAGGAUUUAUCAAAUCUGGAAUGAGUAAUGGAGAAAUGAUCCUCGCAAGUUGUUUACCAGAUGAUGAAAAGAGUAUAGAAGCUUUCAAGGCCAUUGGAUCUAAAACGGUGUUCAAAAACGAACUUGUGGCUCAACAUGGGGAUGUUUUAGUUGUUUCAGUUAAACCUCAAGUAGUCAAUCAAGUAUUACCUAAAAUUAUAAAUUCUAAGAAACUAGUUGUGUCUAUUGCUGCUGGAAUAUCUAUUUCUUCAUUAGAACAAAAUUUACCGAAAGGAACACGAGUUAUUCGCGCUAUGCCUAAUACUGCUGCUACAAUUGGACAUUCAGCAUCAGUUUUUAUGAAAGGAACUCAUGCAACUAAAUCAGAUAUAGAAACAGUAGAAAGACUGUUUUCAUCAGUCGGAUUAUGUGAACAAGUACAUGAUGAACAAUUAAUAGAUGUUGCUACUGCGUUGGCUGGAUCAGGACCCGCUUAUAUUUAUAUGAUAAUUGAAGCUCUUGCGGAUGGUGCUGUAAAAAUGGGAAUGACUCGACAACUUGCAUACUCACUUGCAUCACAAACAGUCCUUGGUGCUGGAACUAUGGUUCAACAUACUGAUAAUCAUCCAGCACAGUUGAAAGAUGACGUUGCUUCUCCGGCUGGUUCUACAAUUACUGCAAUUCAUCAUCUUGAAAAGCAUGGUUUAAGAUCAGCAUUAAUUGGAGCUAUUGAAGCUGCAACACUACGUUGUAGAGAAAUUAAUGAAAAAACUAACAAAAAAACUUAAUUAUAGAAAUUAUCUUUCUUUCAUUUAUUCAUCUACAUACUUAUUUUGCAAUUUAUCAUUGUUAGAAUUUAUAUUUUUCUAAGC